AUGCAGUUCGCCAGGGUACGUUAUAUGAGGACCAUUGGUACAAAGAACGUCAUCGGCGAUGCGAAAAUGUGCCCCUUGAAAACAACCCUCGUAAAAGGUUGUGCUGAGGAGACAACCUCUGCAUUUGGUUGUGCUACAGAAACUGAUUGUGCCAAAGAAACAACAAUCACUAAUAAUUGCGUUAAGAAGAUGACAUCUGUAAUCGAUGGCAGUGCUAAGAGAACAGUAAUUUAUACUGAUUGUGCAAAGAGAACGGAUGACGUCAGUGAUUGUGCUACCCAUACAAAAUCUAUUAUUGAUUGUGCUAGGAGAUCAACUAUUGACAAUGAUUGUGCUACCGAGACAAUCAAUGCUAAUGAUUGUGCUUCGAUGAAUUCUGCGUUACAUAUAAUCGAGACAGCGACUUCGACAGUGAUAAACACUUUAUUGAAUGGUGAAUGCAGAGACAUUUUGGUGAAACGUAAGGCGCCAUCUAUUGAUAAAACAACAGAGACUAGGAGCUACAGAAGAAAGCAUCAUUUGUGCUACAAAUGUGGGGACGUAACCCAUAUGUAUGUGAAUUGUCCGUUGAAACAUACUGCCAUUAGAGACGUUUAG